AUGCAAUUGCUACUUCUCAUCGUUCUCCUCUUCAUUUUUAACUUUAAUUCUCUCGCUCAACUGCCUGAAGUGCAUUUAGACGAAAAUGCCCAGUUUGUCGAUUCUCAAGGCCGAGUAUUGAUGUUUCAUGGAAUUAACUCGGUGUACAAGAAACCACCAUACUAUGAUGCGGAUGAUGUUUCAGAUAAGAGACUGGAUUUAUUUCGUAAAUGGGGUUUCAAUGUUGUUCGACUAGGAGUUCUUUGGCAUCCGGCAUAUCCUGAAGGACCUGAUCGAUUAAAUGAAUCAUACUUUGAAGCCAUUGAAAUGCAGGUUGAUAAAUUUGCCAAAGCUGGAAUUUAUGUCAUUCUCGAUAUGCACCAGGACUCCUUGUCUUCAAUGUUCGGUUCGUAUGAUGCAAUUCCUCUUUGGCUGUUGAAGCGUUUCUCCAAACCCCCGUUUAUAUUCAAGUACCCUUGGCCUAUGAGAAGCACCCCAUCUGGCGACUGGGAGGGGUAUACCACUUAUGCGUGUCAAAAGGCAUUUCAGGAUAUUUAUGACAAUGAGAAACUCGCCUGGAAUUAUUGGGGUGACUUUUGGGAAGAGGUGGCCAAAAGAUUCAAGAAUAAAACCAAUGUUCUCGGAUAUGAGCUCAUAAAUGAACCAUUUGCUGGGAAUGUCUACACUAACCCUCUACGAGCCAUCCCAGCUUACGCGGGCAAACACAAUUUGGCACCGGUUUACGACUUUCUUGUAUUCCGAAUUCGCAGCGUGGAUAAGCGAAAAUUAAUCUUCUUUGAAGGCGUAACUUGGAGCGUUUACGACGCGAUGAAACCCACGGGAAUUUUGGGACCCGGAUUCACUCGGGUUCCAGGAGCAAAAGACGAUCCUGAAGAGUAUCGGCGUAGUGUCUUUUCAUACCACUACUACUGUCCACUGAUCCAAUUCGUUAACACAAGCAAACCAUACUCAUUCUUCAGACGCACAAUGUGCGAUAAGUUUAUAAUGCCGAAAAUGUUUUCUUCGGUUGUAAGCGUAGCGAAAAGGCUAAAAAGUGGCUUAUUUUUGACUGAAUUCGGCAUCUGUGUGCCUGACGGAGAUCCCAACUCAAUCAACACAUUGGAAUGCGAGGCUGUAAUGGACGGCGCGGAUACUCGACUACAGUCCUGGACCUACUGGGAUGCUCCCCAAUUUUUUGAUCAGGAUGGUAAUCCUAGAUAUGCUACGGUGAAAUCCUUCUCUCGUGCAUAUCCAAUAGCAACAGCCGGGACACCGAUUGACCUUGUUUUCAAUGUCAAGAAUGGAUCUGGUUCAUAUGCUUUCUCCUCGACAAAUUUAACAUCGGAAUUUGCCAAGAAGGGCGGACCAAUAGCAAGUAUCUUCCUCCCUAUUGAAAUUCAUUAUCCCCGAGGCUACUGCAUUGAAAUUACCCCGAAAUCAAUUUCCUACAAAGUGUCAAAAGAGAAUGAUCAUUUAAUUGAACUAUUUGUUUGUUUAAGAGAUCUCUAA